AUGGCGAGACCGAGCACUUGGUGCAUCAUGCAGGGAUCACUCGCAGUGCCCGAAUAUGCCUCGCUGCCUUCUAGAAGGCGGUUCGUUCCUUCGGCGCCACCGGAGCUUGCACCAAAGCAAGCCGGCGCACGACACACGGUCCGCCUGCAGAUUGACUUUGGAUCCGUCGCCAAUGAUGAUGUACGGUCGAUCAUUAUUAUAUUUUUGAUUAUUCUCAGGGGUUUGCAGCGUCGCGGCGUGGGAUAUCCGGACGAUCUCGGCUCGGCAGUAGUCCACUCCAUUAUCCUGCAGCUGUCCGGACACCAGCUCGCAGUUCGCGCAUACGAUAUACCAUCCAAUGAAGACCGUAGUGUGACAGGCUGA